AAGUAGAACGACGAUAACCCUUUGAUCGAUUUGACGCCAUGUUGAAUAUUUGUUUCAUUAUCUUUACUUUAUCGAUGAUUGUAACUCAAAUUGAAUCAUUGGAUUCAGAGUUAUGUAAGGUACUCGUAAAGGAAAGACACUGCGUCAUAGAAUACGCUGCAAGAGACAGAUGGCCACAUACUGAGCGUUACUCAUACGAUUGGGACCAGAAGAAAUGUAUACUAAUAAGAUGGGCGGAGCACUGCGGCGCCGCGCCCGCUGGCACCAACAACUUUGCCAGCGAGACCGAAUGCAGCAACGAAUGCGGAGGAUGGGCUUGAUAAAAUACGAUACUUAUAUUCCUUUACUGUUAAUUACUUUGGAAUUAUUAUAAUUAAGUCGUUAAAAAGU